UUUCGAUUGGCCAAUAAUAACGCGACAGUCUCAUGCAGCGAAGAAUGCUAUCGACGCGACCCGAUCGCAGGCCCCGCUGGAGGAGCAAGCCGCGUCCUCGUCGCUGUGAGAGGCCCAACUUCUUUGUUGGUUUCCGCAUUACUUCGCCGAGCCUCGUAGCGCGGGUGGAGCGACUACAGACUGCGAUCCAUGACGCUUGUCCGGAAGCUACACCCUGCCUCAUUGACCCCAGAACGCUGCACGUCACGCUCUGUGUGCUGCGUCUUCCGGACGAUGCAGGUGAAAUUUACUGCAUUAGCGCUAGCAUUAAAAUUGGCCAUGUUAUUUUACACUUUCGUCGUUGAUGUAGCAACGGAUCAAGCGUGUCAAGUGCUUCACGCGGAAGCUACUCGAGUGGCAGCGGAGGAGUUUGUGCAUGGUUCGCCACGGUUUGAUUUCAACAACUGGGAAUUCUUCGGCAAUAACGACGUGCUACAUGCCAAGCUGGAUGUGGCAGCAGCCGAUGGCCGGCGAUUGAGUGCGGUGGCCGAGCGUCUACAUGGAGAAUUUGAACAGUUGGGAUUUACGACGGAGAAUUUUCGUCAUCCAUACUCACCUCAUAUGACGGUGUGGAAAACAUCGCGCGAUCGCGAGCUUAUCAAGAGUCUCAACGCUCGACGAAUUCCUGAUGAACCUUCAGUUCAAGAUGAUGUUUUCCAAGUCGUGGCCUCGUUCAAUAAUGCUGCCGAAACAAGUUUGGGAACGGAAUACCCGAGAUCUAUUGAGUUGCUGAACAUGAAGGAGAAAGAGGAGGAUGGUUACUACAAACAAGUUGCAUCAGCGUUCUGGUGCAGUGGCUAGGAGGCUCAAUCAGUCAUGAAUAUUUUGCACUUAGUUAAUCAAGCUUAAACUACUUUGCUCUCUUCUUUGGUAUUUAGGGAGCUGGC